AUGGGAAAUGAGAAUGGCCGGUGGAAGGUGAAGAUCAAUCAGAAGCUCGGUGAGAUGGAGUUUGGUGAAGCAUAUUGCAAGGGAAGUGAGAUUUUAGACUCGGUGUUUCGAUUGGGUUUGAAUUUAGGGGAUAAGAAGAGGUUUCACCGAUUAAAGGUUAUAAAAAAUAGCGAAAGAGUACUUGGUGACACUUCUAAUGCAAAGUGCAACCUAAUGGAAUUCUUAGAUGAUGGACCUAGAUUUGCGGUUCAAUCUGCCACUGACGUAAAGGGAAGGGCAAAGGUCGACGAGCAUGAUGAUCAAAUGAAGAAUAAUUUCGAUACAGAUUAG